AUGGCCGCAAGUACUUCCAUUUUGCGCACCUCAUAUCUUGCAGAUAUAAUCAGCACAUCUGUCACAAAGUUGAACAAGGUGUUAUCAGAACAGCAUGCCGCGCCACCCUCCUUCCAUGAAGACGCGCCAAUAUCGCUCCCGAAGGAAGCUUCCGAGUUUCAGGAUGCAAUCAUCGAUGCCACCAUGGAGCUUCAUGAUCUACUUUUGGAUCCCCUUACUCUGAUCUACAAGCAUAACGGGCAUAACAAUCCAGUGUGCUUGCAAGCUAUUGCUCGCUUCGAAAUUGCUCGUAUGAUCCCAGCCGGCGGCCACAUAUCAUUUGCAGAUGUGGCCCAAAAAACAGGGCUGGAUGAACAGAUUAUCACUCGUAUCCUUCGUCAUGCUAUAACCAUGCGAGUAUUCGAUGAACCUCAGCCAUGCAUUCUCGUCCAUACCAGGACAUCGAAGAUGCUAGCCAACUCAGUCGUAAAUGACUGGCUGAAGGUCGGAACCGAGGAGAUGUGGCCUGCAGCCGUUAAGGGAUUUUCUUUAUCAAACAAUGCGAUUGAGCCCAUCUAUACUCUAGUUGGGAGCAGUCCCGAGCGAGCGGUUCGUUUCGCAAACGCAAUGAAAGUGUUCUCCACAAGACCGGAAUAUGAUCCAUCUUAUAUUGUUGAAAACUACGAUUGGGCUUCUUUGGGGCAAUCUCAGGUCGUGGAUAUUGGUGGGGCUCAAGGUCACACAGCCAUGGAGUUGGCAAAAUGUUUUGAAGGUUUGAACAUACUUGUUCAAGACAUGGAUAAAGUUGUUGAGAAUGCUGAAUUGGGCGUGCCUGAAGAGCUGAAGAAAAGAGUGCACUUCAUGGCGCAUGACUUCUUCGCACCUCAAACUGUUCAGGCUGAUGUCUUUUACUUUCGAUGGAUCCUACACAACUGGGCCGACAAGUAUUGUGUCCUCAUCUUGAGGGCUCAGAUACCUGCAUUGAAGCCGGGCGCAAGAAUCAUUAUUCAAGACACAUGCAUGCCAGAACCGGGCACCGUACCGCUAUGGAGGGAAAGAGAUCUGAGGGCAGAGGAUUUAAAUAUGGGAGCCGUGUUCAAUUCACGGGAGAGAACUGGCGUUACUCAGCCAAAAGGUUCUGCUCUGGGAAUUAUCGAGGUUAUUUGGGAUAUAUAG